CUCGCCUGAUGGAGGCUGGAGCAGCCCCUUGUUCUUUGGUACACAUGGCAUUCAGAGAUGUGGCUGUGGACUUCUCCCAGGAGGAGUGGUGCCUGCUUAGCCCAGAGCAGAAGUUCCUGUACAGAGAGGUGAUGCUGGAGAACUACAGCAACCUGGUCUCUCUGGGAAUACCAUUUUCAAAACCAAAGCUCAUCACCCAGCUAGAGCAAGGGAGAGAGGUGUGGCAAGAGGAGGGAGAAUGUCCACAGGUUGACGGUCAAGGGCGUUCGUGUGCUAUGGUGCACAUAUGGAGGACACCUUGUGGCAGUGGCACACAGGGAAAGCUGGACCUCUGCCCUGGUCAUGAGUGCCCUCCUCCAGAUCUCGCCAAUCAGAAAUCCCCUGUGCUAAGUGAUCAUGCUCCAUCGACGUUCACAUGCUUGCGUGUGGAAAGUCAUGGUGACCGAGGGGACUCUUGUCAGGGGGCCCUGGAGAAGCAGCAUCAAGCCUCUGAUAAGAGCUCCUGCAGAGAUAAAUCAGAAGGUGAAGAGAGAGAAAGUGCCAGGCCUUCAUCUGGAAGGAGAAAGAAAAAGAGUUUGCGAGCCCUCUCUAGGCCACCCCAAAGACAGCAAGUCAGCUCUCCUAAUGGCAUCGGAUGGGUCGAGACAGAGGCCAACCCAGCUCAAGCUGGGAGCACUAAAGAACCAGAGAAGUUGCUGAAUCGAAAAGAAAGCUUGGGACUUGGAACGGUUAACUGUGAAGACUGUGGGCUGGGCUUCAGCAAGCUGACAGACCUGCAUAGUCACCAGAAGAUCCACUCAGGAGAGAAGCCGAAGGUGGGUGGGGUGGAUGAGAAGGACUCCAGUCUAAAGAGCAACCUAGCUAGACCCCAGAGAGCACCCUCCAAGAGAAAACCCAUUGUGUGUAAGGAGUGUGGGAAAAGUUUUAGCCGGAGGUCAACACUGGUCAUUCAUGAGAGGACACACUCGGGGGAGAAGCCUUACACAUGCACUGAGUGCGGCCGCGGUUUUAGGCAGAAGUCAAACCUCAUCAUCCAUCAAAGGACACAUUCUGGGGAGAAGCCUUACAUGUGCAGGGAGUGUGGUAAAGGCUUUAGCCAGAAAUCGGCUGUCGUUAAACAUGAGAGGAAACACUUAGAGGAGAAGACCAUUGUGUGCAGUGGCUCUGGCCUUGGCUUCAGUGACAGGUCAAAACUCAUCUCCCACCAAAGGGCACACUCUGGGGAAAAGCCUUAUGCUUGCAAGGAGUGUGGGCAGUGCUUCAGGAAGAGGACAACCCUUUUAAACCACCAGAGGACUCACUUAAAGGAGGAGCCUUAUGUGUGCGACGUAUGUGGGCGUAUCUUUAACACGAAUUCAAAUCUCCUCUGUCACAUGAGGAUGCACACUGGGGAGAAACCGUUCAUGUGUACUCUGUGUGAGCACAGGUGUAGCAAGAAGUCAAAUCUCAUCUCUCACAUGAGGAGGCACACUGGGGUGAAACCAUAUGUGUGUGCGGUAUGUGGACGAGGCUUUCACCAGAAGUCAAUCCUCCUGGCACACCAGAGGUCACACUCAAGAGAAAAGAAACAUGUGUGCCGAGACAGUGGGCGAGGCUUUAGUCAGCAGUCCUGUCUCAUCAGACACAAGAGGAAGCAUUCAAGGGAGAGACGGUAUGUGUGCAAGCAGUGUGGGCUAAGCUUUAAUAAUAAGUCAGCUUUAGUCACACAUAAGCAGGUACACUUUGAAGAGAAGCUUUAUGUUCGCAGAGAGUGUGGCCAAGGCUUUAUCCAGAAGUUACGCUUCACCUUACACAACGGGGAGAAGACAUACACGUGCAAAACCUGUGGAAAAGGCUUUAGACAAAAGUUUCACCUCAGCAGACACAGGAAGAUGAAAUGUGCCCACCACAAAGUGCCCCUCCAGCCUGACUCUGAAGCCUAUUUGGGGUGAUCUUCUGACCCCUUAUAUUCUCUUUGAAAAUGAAAAUGGUGGAAAGGACUCACUGGCAGAAUUCUUACACUUCCAUGAACUAGAAGAAUGCACUUCGUAAGACCAGUGGACAGUAACUCGCCUUUCCAGUCUCAUGUUGUGUGGCCUUUUGUCUGGGAAACUUUGCUUCUUUACAGAUUUGCAACCUGAUCUGCAAUUCUCCUUUUCUUUUAGGAAAUGUAAUCCUCGGGUAUCUUGAACUCACUGUUCACAAAAAUUCAUUGCUUGGAAGAUAAGGGCAAAGCUCCAAGACUCUUAAGGCCUUAGAAACAUUAAAUGUGUGGCUCAGCAACCACAUAAAGUGGUUUCAAUGAAGGUUAAGGCAGUCACUGCAUAACAUUUUGAUAGCUAAGCUGGAGAAUCUUGUUUUGAGAUCUAUGUGGAUGUGGUUUUAUCUAUUGGAAUGCAAUUAAGACAAAAGUGUAGGAAACCCAACAGAAAUACCAGCGAGGCUAUCUGAUUUUCCUUUUCAUCCAGAUUCACUCCAAAAGUUGUUUUUACACUAAAUGUACACAUCCAAGUUUUAAAAGGUGGCCCAGAAACACAAUUAGGUCUUUCUUUUUUCUUUUUCAUUUCAUGUAUUUGGAUGUGUUUUGCCUAAGUGUACGCCUGUGUAUCACAUGCAUGCUUGGAGCCCGCUGAGGCCAGGAGAAGGCAUCAGGUGCCUGGAACUGGAGUUAUAGGUGGUUGUGAGCCACAUUGGAUGCUGGUAGUUGAACCCCAUUUUCUGUGAUAUUAGCCAUUGCACUUAACCUCAGGAGUUACUGCCUUGGUCCCCAAAUGGCAGUUUUUCAUCCAAAUUUGCAUACCAAGAUUAUCUGGAUAUAAUACCAUACUAUAUUUCCUCUCCAAAAUAUUCCUGAAACUAGACUUUUCAUCCCAA